AUGAAGCAAGAUAUGAUUGGCGAAGCAAGACGUGUACCGCAAAUAAUGUGUUUCCUGAAGUUAAUUGCUGUUUUCGCGGCAUUUGGACACUUGCAUUCAGGAGCAGCACAAAAACCAUCGACGCUCGAAGACAAACAGUUUUACGCAAAGGCGAAAAAGGAGGAGCUGUUGAGGGCCUUCAGCGUGGAGAAGAAUUGCCAAGUGGCGAAAAACGUUAUUCUCUUCGUGGGCGAUGGGAUGGGAUUGCCAAUUAUCACAGCUUCUAGGAUUUUCAAGGGCCAGCAAGCCGGAAAACCCGGGGAAGAAACGUACCUGAACUUUGAAAAAUUCCCUCACUUGGGGCUCAUGAGGACGUAUUGCGUGGACAGACAAGUGCCGGACUCGGGUUGCACCGCAACAGCCCUGCUCACUGGGGUCAACGGGCUCUUCAUGACAGUUGGGCUGGAUGCCCAUGGCAAGUUGCAGGACUGUGUGAGAACCAUGAGGAACAACCAGCACUUCCCCACUUCCAUCAUGACACAUGCUCAGCGGGCUGGGAAAAGAACCGGAAUUGUGACGACAACAAGAGUCACACAUGCGACAACAGCAGCUGCAUUUGCACACACGCCCUCGAGGCAAUGGGAGUCGGAUACGCAUAUUCCAGAGCCAGCUGCCGCCAAGUGCAGUGACAUCUCGCGACAGCUCAUCGAAACCGAGCCCGGACGCAAUUUCAACGUAGUUCUCGGCGGCGGUUCGCAUAAUUUCCUGCCGAUUGCCUCGGGGGGAUCCAGGAAUGACAGUAGGAAUUUGAUAAAUGAAUGGCAGCAGAAUUCUGCACAACUCGGAAGGAAAUCCCGAUUCGUCACCAGCAGGAAUGAUUUGCUGGACGCUGCUCGGAAUCGAUCAACGGAGUUCCUUUUAGGGCUUUUUCAUAAUUCGCACAUGGAAUUCGUCGGAGACAAAGAUGCAAAGAAAUCCGAAGAGCCGAGUUUGGGCGAGAUGACAGAAGCAGCGAUCCAGAUUUUGGACAACAAGAACGGAUUUGUCCUUCUAGUAGAAGGGGGAAGAAUCGAUCACGCUUUGCACAACAAUAACGCAAAACGCGCCAUUUUGGAAUUAUUGGCAUUUGAAGAAGCAAUUGAUCGGGCUUUGAAAUUGACAAAAACUCAAGAAACAUUGAUCAUCGUGGCUUCUGAUCAUUCGCACGUGAUGAGCGUGAAUGGAUAUCCAAAACGUGGCAAUCCGAUUUUAGGGAUUGCGGGCAUUCAGCCCCACUACAAGUUGCCAUACACGACCCUCAUGUUUGCCAAUGGGGUGGGCUACAAUUACGCCCUCAAUUCAACACAUGUUUCUUGGAGGAAUGUGACUGGAGUGAAGACGCAUGACAUUGACUUCAGACAACAAGCAGCCACAUUCCAGCCAGAAGGAGGAGAGACACAUGGGGGAGAAGAUGUGCCAGCUUAUGCAAUAGGACCAUGGGCUCAUCUAGUGAAUGGAGUGCAUGACCUGGCUUACAUAGGACAUGUGACCCAAUUUGCAGCGUGUCUAGGAGACUAUUCAAACACCUGCACAGGAAAUCUUCUUGAUUUCUCUACCAGAAGUCGACGACUGAAAAAGUGCUGA